AUGUCAACUUCCAGCGGCAACGAUAGCGAUUGUUAUUACUCCUCUUCUUCCUCCAGCUCUUCUGAUGAGGAUUCCAAAGCUUCUGUAGCCAAAUCGAAAGCUAAGACAACUCAUGAUGAUAGAUUGAAUCCUAGCAUACCCUUGAUUGAUCAAAGGGUCACUUAUGUUGAACUUAUGAAGAGAAAGGCUGAAGAUGACGAAGCAGAGAAUCGUCAACGCAGAAGGGAUCGAACCCGAAGCCGAGUACAAGCGGCCGAGGAGAGACGUCGAUUUGUCGAUGGGCACAAUAUCAAGCCUGACCGAUAUGAAAGAGAGUUCCGGAAGAGCAUGAAGCAAAUUGAAGUUGAAGCUGAAGCAGAAGAAGACUCGGACUCGGAUGAUGAUCCUGAUGCUCAUCCAGACUUCAACGACGGUCCUGGCGCUGAUUCCGAUGAAGAGGAAGACAGUGAUGACAAAUCUGAUAACUCGGAUGACAAGAAGGACAGCGAUGACGACUCUGACAAUUCAGAUGAGUCUGACGAGUAG